AUGGAGUGGGUGGUGAAGAAGAGAACGGAUGGCACACGAUAUAUCACUCGUCGACCGGUUAGGAGUCGACAAACAAAAGAGCGAUCUAGCCAUCGACACCCCGAAGGGGAAGAUGAGGAAAAAGGCGAUGGAGGUGGACGUCAUCACAGUAAAGGAGACCGUCGGCAGGUGCCUGAGCAAGGAGCAGAUCGUGCGACUAGUNGAAUGCCUGUAAUAAGAUAA